CACACACAUACACUUGCAAGCAUACACACUCACACACAGGAAACUAUCUCUCUUAGCUAACCUAGCACUUGCGCUUCUAAAGGACAUGAGAAGAUGAAGUUCCAAAUUGCUUUUUUGUUGGGGUUUUUGUGUCUUUAUAUUCUUGGUUUAAAUGCAAACCAAGAGUACACAGAGCUUCCAUGUGCAUUGGAGGGGGCAUCCUAUACCAUUACAUUGAAUUCACCUCAACAAGAUGAAGAUAUGCUGGUCUGGAAAUGUAAUGACAAACUCACUUAUAAACGGAGGAAGGGAAUUGUUAAUCCAACUGCAAAUGUGGACAAGCAAGGCUCCCUUACUCUGACAAAUAUUUCCAAGUCAAUGGCUGGUAAAUGCAAAGCUGAACAUUAUAACAACAAUGGACAAUCAAUUAAAACUCACUCUGUGAUACUCUGUGUCUUGUCCAAAGCCCCAGUCCCAAAGUUGGAGGUGGAAUGUUCAUCAUCAGGUGUGGCAACCCUCCGCUGUGAGCCUAAGAGCUUCCCUAAGGACAUCAAAUUCUCAUGGGUCCACAACAAUAAAGAAUUACCAGACAAGACUAACCCUCUAAAGCCACCGAAGCGUGGGGAAAAGGACAGCUACAAAUGCAGACUAAGCAAUAGUCUCAACAAGCAAGACAGUAAUGAAGAAAUCAUAUCAUGUGGAGGCUCUGCUGGUUCUCAAGAUGGCAACCUGCUGUUUGGCUAUAACAAGUGGGUGAUGAUUGGAAUCAUUGCUGGUGGUGGAUUUCUGCUGCUGGUCCUGAUCGUGUCUCUGAUCGCCAUCUGCUGCAAGAACCAUCGCAGAAGAAAAAGGAGGCUACGAGAUGAGGAGGAGCUGCGGCUGGCCAACCUCCAGUACAUCGGCACCAAUUCACGUCCACGACCAAAGCAGACUGCCCGGGGUCAACCAGUGCCCCCAACUCCUGACGAGGAGGGUUACCUCCAGGGUCCAACGGGGGAGACCAGCCCAGCAGCCCCUCAAGCGGUGAGACAGCCCAGGCCUCGGGCCCCGCCGCCCCCCAUGGAGGAUGACGACGAGGCAGUACCGCCAUUGCCACAGCCCAGGAGGAAGGGGGCCCGACAACUGGAUUACUAAGACUCUUCUUAUUCGUCUCUCAUUUCACCAAAACUCAGGUUGUGUAAUGGCACUUUGCGCAUAUUUGAAUAUUGCUGGAGAACAUGUCUCCCUUAAAACACAUUAUGAUUAAGGCAUUGCUUACUGUUUUUGAUGGUGCAGUGCACAGACUUAUAAUAGGUAGGAUGGCAUCUCGGUGGUGCAUGAUAGUGCCAACAUUGCCAUUGCUGUUACAUAACAACCAAAAUAAUGUGCAUUGAAUCGAUACAUUAUUGAAGAUAAUACUGUCAUUUCCUGACUAUUAACCAAGGUUUAUACAUUGACUUUGCCAAAUUUCUUCAGCUUGAGGUUAAUACACAAGGCCGGGCUACACCUGGGAAGGCAUUUCUUUUCUUCAUUCUUCUUGAUUAAAACCCAAUCUGAUUCUGAUCCAUUGAGCUUUAUGUUACAGCGGUACAUCUGGGAACUUUGAAUUCGUUACACGUCCCGCGCCCUUUUCGGGGAAAGCAAACUGUGACUGCUAGCCGUCUUUCCCAUUAGAAUCAAUGACAUGAUGGUAGCUUGCUUUCCCAAAAAAGGGGCGUAUUGGGCACUGCGGUUAAUACAAUGGUGCAGUUAAUACAGGAUUUAUUAUUAUUAUUAUUAUUAUUAUUAUUUGCAUUUAAACCCUGUCUUGCACAGAGUUGUCCAGCUUCAGAAAGUAAAAGUCCUAUAUUAAUUCUACCUGUACAGGUGAUUUAGCUAGUUAGAUGAUCUACCUGGUUGAGGAGUUGUACCAGUUUGAAUCAGCUGGUUUAGUGAAUGGUUGGAACAAAUAUGUGAUAGGACUCUGACUUUCUGAAGCCAGACUUUUACACCUCUGGUCCUGUGGUUUAUACACAAUGUGACUCAAAGAUUCUAGAGCGGAGCGCAGUAGAAUCUUUGAUGUGGCUAAUAUACAGGAUAUUACUGUAUUCAAAGUAAGUCAUUAUAGUUUAUCAACCUUGAAAUAAUGGGUUAAAACUCAUUUUGAUCAUACCCAAUCUUUUAAAGCAACACCAUGUAAGUUUUGCUCUCGGGGUCCCCCUACAGUUGGGAAACAGUAUUGUCUUCUACUACUGUCGUAAAAUCUGUCAUGGUUACACCAGGGGAUACACGUGCAUUUUUUUUUUUUUUUUU